AGGUUGCUUGCAGGGAAGGUGCUGUCCACACACUCGUCAGGCCAGCGGCUAACCCGGCGGUUCCCCGCAGCCUGUGCGAUUGGUCUCUAGUCCGCCCACUUGGGCCCUAGUCAGGUGUCCACUCAUAAAUAAAGGAUCAACAUCCGGGCAACUCCUAACUGACAGCAACCACCAAACGCAGAAAAAGCCCCGGGUUCCCAGCAACCGCCGGCGCCGACGGCCACGCCUGAUUGGAGGGCAGCAUGAACUGCAGAGAGCGAUUGGCGCGCGGUGUCACAAAGGGGCGGGGCGCGGCCGCGGAGCGUUGCUCGCCAGUGCCGGCUGCAGCGUCCCUCGCGGGGCCGCGCCUCUAUGUAGGCCUGCGGGCGGGCGAGUGAGCGAGCGGACCAGACAGCCUGUGAGGGCGAGCAGGCCAGAUGGGGAGGGCGCCCGGGACUGCGGGCCGCUAAGCGGGGCCACGUUGCCAUCGCGGGCCAGAGAGGAGCGCAGGCCUCUGGGCGCCGGGCAACCGGACCGCGCCCCCUCCGCCGCCUCUUGCUGCGCUUGCUGUUGUUGCUCCGAGACCGCCGUGGCGGGCGGUCUUCGCCGAAGACUCAGCCUCCACUUUUAGCCCCCGCCCCGCGAGCGCGACGCGGGGCGUCCAGACUCGGCAGACGGGAGCUGCUCUCUGAGUCGCGAAUUCUGACUUGGACCCUGAUUGCUGUCCUCCAGAUCAGGCCCCUGUGUAUGCGGAGCUGGAAUUUCUCUUGGAGGAGCACGGGCUGCGCAGGUACAAAACUCAAAACAUGAACAACAAUACAUAUUACCAAUGUUCAAAGCUGAUUUGGCUAGAACUGGAAUACAGUUGCCUACAACAUAUUCCAGAGGAAUUAGAAAAGUCAAAGUAAUGGAUAACAGAAAAGAUCCUCCAUUCUUCAAUGAAGAUAACGUGGGACCAUUUUAUUACAAACUUCCUUUUUAUGAUACCAUGGAGCUCUUCAUUGAAACAUUGACUGGAACAUGUUUUGAGCUGAGAGUUUCACCCUUUGAAGCUGUAAUUUCUGUGAAAGCAAAAAUUCAAAGAUUGGAAGGUAUUCCCGUCUGUCAGCAGCACUUAAUUUGGAAUAACAUGGAACUUGAAGAUGAUUAUUGCUUGAAUGAUUACAACAUUUCAGAAGGUUGUACCUUGAAGCUGGUAUUGGCUAUGCGUGGCGGACCUAUAAAUACUAGAAGAGUUCCUAUGGAAGAUCCACUUAGGGAGAUGGCUGAGUACAUGGAUUCCAGUCGAGAUGAGGUCUGGGAGAAGACCUCCUACAACAAACAAGUUACAUUUUUGGUAUACCGAGAAGGAGAUCAAUUGAAUUUCUUUCGUGUAGUAGAUAGGGGAGAUGGCACUUUAACACCAUUAUCUGAAUCUUUAAGUGGUGGUUCUGUAUAUAAUUUGUAUACUGAUGAGGAUGAAGAAAUUGAGCCUUCUCCUUCUGGGCAACAGAUAAUUGAAAAUUCAAUAACUAUGAAUAAGAUGAAGCUGCUGAAGGCUAAGAUGGAGAACAUGAAUCUCAGCAAAAAGCCUAAGAAAGCUGUCAAGGUAAAACCUCGCCCACCAAUAGCUCCUCGACCUUCUAGUAGUUCCACGACAGCUGCUCGGCACAGAUUAUUAAGAGUUCUCCCCCACAUUGGGCAGUCUUGUUUACCUUCUCCUGGGAAUGCAUAUCUACCUGAAACAUCCAGCAAUGCAAUUUCAAGUUUGGCAACUCUGCCACCUGCUGAUAGACCCAUAUCAUCUAUCGCUAGUGAUUUUCUUAAGGAAGAUGAUAACUGGGAGAGUAACACACUGUCUCAUUCCAGUGGUAGCAUCAAACUACCACCUCAGAUAACCCAUGUGGAGUUCGAAAAUGACAAAGAGUUUGUUAAUUCUAUUCUCCAUUUUGGAUCAUCCCUGCCUAGGCAGACAAAACACUUUUCAGGAAAUUUGUCAUCUAAUAAUGAGGAUGACACUGUUUUAUUUCCAACUUCUGAAGAGUGUGUAACUGAAAAAUCACUUCUACCUGAAGUGGGUUUGUUUACUUCAUUUACAGAAGGAAAUACUAAUGAACAGAGCAGUGGCUUAGAAGGCACAUGGAAGGUAAAUCCAGAGGUCUCACUCACUAAUAGUGAUAAAGGAUUGGAAGCUACAGAACAGCAUCUGAAACAUGUUGCAAGAGUGUUGAAUGGUGAAUCAGUAGAGACUACAGUUCUCAACCACCGUGAAUUAAGUCCUCAAAAGAAUAGACUCUUGUCACCUCUUCACUGUUCUACACCAAUGUCGCUCCAUAAUUCUCUGGUGAAACCGCAGAGGCAGUCCACAUGUUUUGAGUCUGGGAAUCUCCAGUCUUCUGCUUCACAGAAUGUGCUCCGGUCAUUGGAUAUUCGAAAUAUAACUGAUUCUUCUUUUUCUAGGACUACUCGCUUUCGAGCUGUUAAAGUUGAUUCACCUGGGAAAAGAUCUGAUAUUAUUUCUAAAGUUGAGGCUCGGGACAUCACAGAAAUGGCUAACAAGGCUUCCAAAGAGCCUGUUGGUUAUGUAAAUAAUAUAGGUUUUCUUGCCUCGCUGGCCCGGAGCGCAAGCAGAGAUGGGUUACAGAGCACACGUGGGGCAGGCAGGCUUCGGACCUCUGGAAUUGGGCUGUCUACAAAUCUCCAGCAUUUUCAGGAAGAAAGCCCUAGGAAAAGUUCUCCUCAGUUAGACUCUACAGAAUUUUUUCUAUCUGCCCGUGGUAUUGGAAUGAAUGGAAAUAAUACAGCAACAGGGAAAAGAGUAGGAGAAUGUACUCAUCACCUCCCACCUGUGAAAGCCCCUAUUCAAACAAAGAAGAAAACAACAAAGCAUUGUUUUCUUUGUGGAAAGAAAACUGGAUUGGCUACUAGCUAUGAAUGUAGAUGUGGAAACAACUUCUGUGCUUCUCAUCGCUAUGCAGAAACUCACAGCUGCACCUAUGAUUACAAGAGUGCAGGGAGGAGAUACUUACAGGAGGCAAAUCCUGUGGUUAACACACCAAAACUUCCAAAAAUCUAACUCUUGCUCUGCAUCUAACUGUUCUGCAUGAAGAAUUGUAUUACAGUGACAGAAGAAAUAUUGUUUAGACUGCAUUAAUUUUAUUCAACUCCAAAAGAUUUGCCAAAUAACAAAAGCAUAGAAUGCGUAUAUACUGUUGGAGAAUGAGAAUGCUACUGUAUUUGACAUCUCUAUUCUUUGGUGAAUCAAAAGUUUUAAAAGUAGUUUAAAUGAUUUAGCUUUAUUAUUGCAUGUCUGAUGUUAAGUAUUUUAUAUAUUUGAUACUGCAAUUUUACUAGACAAGUCUUCAAAAGAUGCACUUUAGGAGGUUAACAUUGUAUAACCAGCUUCCACUUUGUACAGAAAUGAGCUGUCAUGUAAUGGCUAUAAUCUAAUGUACUACUUUUUUUUUUUUUUCCAGUGGGGGGUGGGGUAGAUGGGGAUUUUUAAAAGAAAAAUCCCAUGUGUGAAAGUUUAUUGAGUUUACUAGGAAAUUCCUUUUUAUUUCAAACUACUUUUUAUAAAAAAGAACAUUUGGUUUUCCAAUAUGGUUUUAAGACAGAUUUCUUUCAUAUUCACUUUGACAUUCAGAUAUGCAUCCAUUCUAUAAAACACAUCAUGUUAAUCAUAGCAUAUAUUUCUCAAAAUACUACUUUUUGAAUGGUAGUUUUAAAAAAAGAUGUCCCACUUGUUGCUAAUAAAUACAGAACCCAACUUUUCACUUUUUGAAAAAUGGCUACAUUUAAAACAAAAUCUCUCAGCUUGGUUUGUUUUUCUUAUAUGUUGAGUGCUAUUACCAGGAGAAAU